CGCCAACAUGCACGAGGAUGUGUGCAAUGGCGCCGAGGACAUCCGCGCCUGCCUCGUCCUCGUCCCCUUCCACAAGGAGCAGAGGUACGACGGUCGAAUGCUGUGCCGGAAGGACGGGCGGCGCCACAUGAACCUGAAGGUGCUCCAGCACGCGCCCUGCACCGUCGGCAUCCUCGUCGACCGCCGCAUGGGCGGCGGCGUCAGCAACAGCAUGAAGAGCAACGGUGGCAGCAUGCGCGCCGCUCGCGACGCUGACGCGGGCCCGCAGGCAGCAGCAGCCACCGCCGACGCGCAGGUCCUGCACCACGUCGUUGCCAUCUUCUUCGGCGGCCCUGACGACCGCGAGGCGGUGGCGUACGCCGGCCGGCUCGCCAUGCACCCGUCCGUCAACAUGACCGUCAUCAGGUUCCUCCACGCCUCCGACAAUCGGAUGAACUCCUCCUCGUCCCGAGUCAGGACGGAGUCGUCGAGCAACACUAGCGAGGUCGCGAUGAUGUUCGACGAGGACCGGGAUGCCGAGGAGGACGAGGAGUUCAUGGCGAAUUUCCACAAUAGAUUUGUAGCGUCAGGGAUCGUGACCUACCUGGAGAAGUAUGUGGGCAACGGGCCGGAGUCGGUGACGGCGCUGAGCGUGAUGGCGGGAAUGUACUCGCUCUUCAUAGUGGGGAAGGGCGGAGACCGGAAAAUGCCGACGACGGCGGGGAUCGGCGACUGGGAGGAGUGCUCGGAGUUGGGCCCAGUUGGGGAUCUCCUGGCAUCUGAGGAUUUUAUGGAUACUGGGUCAGUGCUGGUCCUUCAACAGCACAGGUUAUCAAAAACAGGACAGAAAAGCAAAGGCUUAGAGGAUGAGUUCUUGCAAUAGUUUUUAGAGACUUCUGUAAAAAAAAUGUUAUUAAUUAGUCACAUAAUUGGAGUGUAAUUUUAGGUUGUGUUUCAUUUGGAGUAGGCAAUAAUUAAUUAGUGUUCUUCA